ACCAAUCCUCUUGACUGUUCCUCAGACAAGAAAACGCGGAAACGUUGCAAGCUUUGAAAUCUGAAUUAAUAUCUGUCACGCGUUCCCACAGAGAUAUGCUCUCCUUCCUCCGACAUCGCCACUAUUUGAGACCAGUUGAGAGAUUAAUGGAGGGUGCAAUGAAGAAGACGAUGAGUAAUGGUAGUGUUCAUAUGGAGAUUGAAGAAAUUGACAAUAAGUACGAGGAAGCUUAUGGGGAACAUAAUGCCACUGAAGAUCAGCUCAUUACUCCUUGGACUGUCUCUGUUGCUAGUGGCUAUUCGUUGUUGCGUGAUCCAAUCUAUAACAAAGGGCUUGCAUUUACUGAGAAAGAGAGGGAUGCUCAUUACUUGCGUGGGUUGUUGCCACCAGCACUUCUUAAUCAGGAGCUUCAGGAAAGGAGGAUGAUGCACAAUCUACGCAACUAUGAAGUUCCAUUACACAGAUAUAUUGCCAUGAUGGAUCUUCAGGAGAGGAACGAAAGGCUGUUCUACAAGCUUCUGAUCGAUAACGUCGAAGAACUGCUUCCCGUCGUCUACACUCCGACUGUCGGCGAAGCUUGCCAGAAGUAUGGAAGCAUUUACAGGCGACCUCAGGGCCUUUUCAUCAGUUUAAAAGAGAAGGGAAAGAUUCUUGAAGUGUUGAAGAACUGGCCUGAAAGGAACAUUCAAGUUAUUGUUGUGACCGACGGUGAGCGGAUUCUCGGCCUCGGGGAUCUCGGAUGUCAGGGCAUGGGGAUUCCUGUGGGGAAGCUCUCGUUGUAUACAGCGCUCGGAGGAAUCCGACCCUCGGCUUGCUUGCCCAUCACCAUCGACGUCGGUACGAACAAUGAGCAGCUUUUGAACGAUGAGUUUUACAUCGGCCUUCGACAUAAACGUGCCAGAGGACAGGAGUACAUGGAGCUUUUGGAUGAGUUCAUGUAUGCAGUAAAGAAGAACUAUGGAGAGAAAGUGUUGAUUCAGUUUGAGGAUUUUGCAAACCACAAUGCGUUCGAGUUGCUUUCGAGAUAUAGCUCGUCACACCUCGUGUUUAACGAUGACAUUCAGGGUACGGCAUCUGUAGUCGUAGCGGGACUUCUUUCAGCUCUUAAACUUGUUGGAGGGACAUUAGCUGACCAUACUUUCCUGUUCCUUGGAGCUGGAGAGGCUGGAACUGGUAUAGCUGAGCUUAUUGCUUUGGAGGUUUCAAAACAAACCCAAGCUCCAGUUGAAGAGACUCGCAAGAAGAUUUGGCUUGUGGACUCAAAGGGGCUGAUCGUUCGAUCCCGCUUCGAAUCCCUUCAACACUUCAAGAAGCCUUGGGCUCACGACCAUGAAUCUAUCAAGGAUCUUUUGGGUGCCGUCCAGGCAAUCAAGCCAACAGUGUUGAUAGGAACAUCUGGUGUUGGAAAGACAUUUACAAAGGAAGUUGUGGAGGCCAUGGCAUCCCUCAAUGAGAAACCACUCAUCCUUGCUCUCUCGAACCCAACGUCACAAUCGGAGUGUACUGCGGAAGAAGCUUAUACAUGGAGCCAGGGCCGGGCGAUCUUCGCCAGUGGAAGUCCAUUUGAUCCUGUUGAAUAUGAUGGGAAAGUUUAUGUGCCUGGCCAGGCCAACAAUGCUUACAUAUUCCCUGGAUUUGGCUUGGGACUGAUCAUGUCGGGUACCAUUCGCGUGCACGACGACAUGCUCUUGGCAGCCUCCGAGGCGCUGGCUGCCCAAGUGAGUGAAGAAAACUAUGAGAAGGGAUUGAUUUACCCUCCUUUUACCAAUAUCAGAAAGAUAUCAGCUAAUAUUGCUGCUAAAGUUGCUGCUAAAGCCUAUGAACUUGGUCUGGCUUCUCGUCUUCCUCGACCGAAGGAUCUCGUGAAGUUCGCCGAGAGCUGCAUGUACAGCCCCGGCUACCGUAGCUACCUUUAAACGAAAGUUGUAGUUUUGGUUUUCAAAAAUUUCCAUCAUUUUUUUGUGUAAUUUGUUGUUGUGUAGUCCUGGCAUUAGCAUAGGAAAUGCCUCAAGAACUUGUUACUUUUGCUUUUUUUUAUUUCUGUUUCUGAAGUGGUUUAUCUGUUUAUGUAAUAUUCAUUUGUUGUUUAGAUCGAGUCAUGUAGGCUUUUGUAAUUCAACGAGAUCAUUUGUGCAAAUAAAAUUAAUUUACUCUUAC